AUGGCGGCCGGAGUUGCAGCCUGGCUGCCUUUUGCCCGGGCUGCGGCCAUCGGGUGGAUGCCAGUGGCCAACUGCCCCAUGCCCCUGGCCCCCGCCGACAAGAACAAGCGACAGGAUGAACUGAUCAUCCUCAACGUGAGUGGGCGGAGGUUCCAGACCUGGAGGACCACGCUGGAGCGCUACCCGGACACCCUGCUGGGCAGCACGGAGAAGGAGUUCUUCUUCAACGAGGACACCAAGGAGUACUUCUUCGACCGGGACCCAGAGGUGUUCCGCUGCGUGCUCAACUUCUACCGCACGGGGAAGCUGCACUACCCGCGCUACGAGUGCAUCUCCGCCUACGACGACGAGCUGGCCUUCUACGGCAUCCUCCCCGAGAUCAUCGGAGACUGCUGCUACGAGGAGUACAAAGACCGCAAGCGGGAGAACGCCGAGCGGCUCAUGGACGACAACGACUCGGAGAACAACCAGGAGUCCAUGCCCUCGCUCAGCUUCCGCCAGACCAUGUGGCGGGCCUUCGAGAACCCGCACACCAGCACCCUGGCCCUGGUCUUCUACUACGUGACCGGCUUCUUCAUCGCCGUGUCGGUCAUCACCAACGUGGUGGAGACGGUGCCGUGCGGCACGGUCCCGGGGAGCAAGGAGCUGCCGUGCGGGGAGCGCUACUCGGUGGCCUUCUUCUGCCUGGACACGGCCUGCGUCAUGAUCUUCACGGUGGAGUACCUGCUGCGGCUCUUCGCCCCCCCCAGCCGCUACCGCUUCAUCCGCAGCGUGAUGAGCAUCAUCGACGUGGUGGCCAUCAUGCCCUACUACAUCGGCCUGGUCAUGACCGACAACGAGGACGUGUCCGGGGCCUUCGUCACGCUCCGGGUCUUCCGCGUCUUCCGGAUCUUCAAGUUCUCCCGCCACUCCCAGGGCUUGCGGAUCCUGGGCUACACGCUGAAGAGCUGCGCCUCCGAACUCGGCUUUCUCCUCUUCUCCCUCACCAUGGCCAUCAUCAUCUUUGCCACUGUGAUGUUUUACGCCGAGAAGGGCUCCUCUGCCAGCAAGUUCACGAGCAUCCCUGCCUCUUUUUGGUACACUAUUGUCACCAUGACCACACUGGGAUAUGGAGACAUGGUGCCUAAGACAAUUGCAGGGAAGAUCUUCGGCUCCAUCUGCUCCCUGAGUGGCGUCCUGGUCAUUGCCCUGCCAGUCCCUGUGAUUGUUUCCAACUUUAGCCGGAUUUACCACCAGAAUCAGAGAGCCGAUAAACGCAGGGCACAAAAGAAGGCCCGCCUUGCCAGGAUCCGUGUGGCCAAAACGGGCAGCUCCAAUGCCUACCUGCACAGCAAGCGCAACGGGCUCCUCAAUGAGGCACUGGAGCUGACGGGCACCCCAGAAGAUGAGCACAUGGGCAAGACCACCUCACUCAUUGAGAGCCAGCACCAUCACCUGCUGCAUUGCCUGGAAAAAACCACUGGGUUGUCCUAUCUUGUGGAUGAUCCCCUGUUAUCUGUACGAACCUCCACCAUCAAGAACCAUGAGUUUAUUGAUGAGCAGAUGUUUGAGCAGAACUGCAUGGAGAGUUCAAUGCAGAACUACCCGUCCACAAGAAGUCCCUCGCUGUCCAGCCACCCAGGCCUCACUACCACCUGCUGCUCCCGUCGUAGUAAGAAGACCACACACCUGCCCAAUUCGAACCUGCCAGCCACUCGCCUGCGCAGCAUGCAAGAGCUCAGCACGAUCCACAUCCAGGGCAGUGAGCAGCCCUCCCUUACUACCAGGCCACCUCCCACUACCUCCAAAUGAAUUGCAGAGAAUUCAGGGAAAGCAAAUGUCAAAUGCCACAAAUGAUAGGUAAACAACCAUGGGGGGUAGGGGGUUAGAUACUCUGAAUUCCAAAGCCCAGUAUACAUGACCCUAAUUGUUAGUAGUUUAGGAAUAAUAAUUAGAGUGGAUAAUUAGAAGCUGAUUACCAAAGACAAAGAUAGACAGACACCAAAAUCUUCCCCCAGUUACCAUGAGCAAGAAAUAUAGGGGGUCAUCAAGGAAGCUUUGGAAUGCCAGCAAGCAGGAACCCUCAUCAACUCACUCUUUUCUAUCCCAGUCGCUCCAGCCUUAAUUUGAAAGCAGACGACGGACUGAGACCAAACUGCAAAACAUCCC